GUNUUCAGAGCUCGAAAGCCAAAAUCCAAAGCCUCCAUUUCCAUUUCCCAAUUCCUUCAUUCAUUCAUUCAUUUUCGCUCUGUUUUCUCUGAUUUGCAGAGAGAAUCCAGAGGACGAAGAACGCCAAAAUCAGAGAUACCAGUUCCUUAAGCUUUUUUUUUUUUCAUUUUUUAUAGUUUUCCCUUUGGAAAAUUCCAAUCCAUAUCCUGUUUCUGUCUUCUCUUAUCCAUUAUUUAAGAAAGAGAAGGCAACAUCGGAUCGGAUUGGUAUUCUGAAAUUUCUCCGUUUUUAUUGGUUGCAUCUGAGAGAGAUAUGUUGGAGGAUCGCUCCUUCCUGGCGUCGAGGGUGUUCUCAAGCUCUUGCCCGCACGAAACUCAGUGGCCUUGCUUUAACUUAACUUAUCGCCUCGAGGCCGGAAUGGGAAACGGUAAGCGCCCAUCAGAUCAUGAUGCUGAUGAACUUCAUAGAAACGUCAGGCCUCGAUCUUCAUGGGAUUCUAGCGACAGUUCUGAUUCGGGCUCUCUAAUCUCUUCCAUUGGCAGAGACAACUCUAUUAACUGCUUAAUUCGCUGCUCCAGGUCGGAUUAUGGUUCUCUAGCAUCGUUGAAUCGAAGUUUUCGCUCGUUAAUUCGUUCCGGGGAGCUUUACAAACUGAGGCGUUUGAAUGAUGUGAUUGAACAUUGGGUUUAUUUCUCUUGUCAUCUUCUUGAAUGGGAAGCUUUCGAUCCAAUUCAGCGCAGAUGGAUGCAUCUGCCCAGAAUGGAUUCUAAUGAAUGCUUCAUGUGUUCUGAUAAGGAAUCCUUAGGAGUGGGGACUGACCUUCUUGUUUUUGGUAAGGAUUUGAAUUCCCAUGUCACGUAUAGAUACAGUAUUUUGACAAAUUCCUGGUGUCCUGGGGUUAGUAUGAAUGACCCCAGAUGCUUGUUUGGGUCUGCUAGCAGAGGAGAGAUAGCAAUUCUAGCAGGUGGGUGUGAUUCAAAUGGCAACAUACUCAGCUCAGCUGAGCUCUACAACUCCGAGACUAAAACAUGGGUGACCCUUCCAAAUAUGACCAAACCCAGAAAGCUUUGUUCUGGGGUUUUCAUGGACAAGAAAUUCUACGUCAUUGGUGGAGUGGGAGGAAGUGAAGCUAAGGUUCUUACAUGCGGUGAAGAGUACGAUUUAGACACUGGAAAAUGGACUGAAAUCCCCAACAUGUCGCCUGGGCGUAGCGCUGCAGCUAGGGAGGGUGAUAUGCCAGCAGCAGCUGAAGCGCCCCCUCUUCUUGCUGUGGUGAAUGAUGAACUCUAUGCUGCAGAUCACGCUGAGAUGGAGGUUAGGAAGUAUGACAAAGAGAGAAGGACAUGGUAUACUGUUGGGAGGUUGCCUGAACGAGCUGUAUCAACGAAUGGUUGGGGGCUUGCGUUUAGAGCAUGUGGAGAUAGGCUGAUUGUAAUUGGUGGACCGAGGGCUAUGGGGGAAGGGUAUAUAGAGCUGAACUCAUGGGUGCCAAGUGAAGGCCCUCCAAGGUGGGAUUUGCUUGCGAGGAAGCUAUCUGCUAGCUUUGUGUAUAACUGUGCUGUGAUGGGAUGCUAAAACCAAGCAAACCACACCAAACCAAACCACUGCUGAAGAUGGGUUUGUUCUUCUUUGUUCUUCAUCUUCUUCUUGUUCUACAGAUGAUAUAUAUUGUAGGUGAUGAGUUAUUUCCCAUGCUCUCUUUACAUAUUUUCAACCAUUGCUUAGGGAGGUGUGGGGAGAGGAGUUGAUUUUACUCGAAAUUUUUUCAUGGAAGAAUAGUUUAUAUAUAUAUAUAUAUAUAUAUAUAUCAUUGAUUCUCAUUCAUUCUUCCAUUGAAACUGCAUCCCCAAUUACUGGGUUUCGAUUGAUUUGUUGUUUAGAACACUUAUAGUUCCCAAUAAUUUGAACAUUCAUAGCUCACUGAGUGGACAUUUCUGCAU